GUCACUCGCUGAAAUCAACAAUUAAUGAGUCUCUUCAGUCUUCAUUUCUUGCCUCUUCUCCCUUCUUCUUCGUCUAAUAAGAUGAAAUCAUAGCUAAACCAAAACUCUGGUCUUCUAGGUUUCAAGUUUCUUCUGCUCUCAAAUUAUUUGGACAUCUAAUGGCAUCAUCUGAUGAAGAGGGUGAGAUUAUUCCAUCUGUUGUUAACGAUUAUUGGUUUGAAAAUGAGAAUGAUGGAUUUGCACCACUUUCUAGUUUGACAUUGUUGUGGAGCACUAGUGAUGAGAUCAGUUGUAGUUCGGGAACAAAAGUAUAUUUGCGCGGCACUGCUGAUGACGGACUCCAGAAGGUUCAUAAGCAGAUUAUAGGAUGGAGGUUCGAACUUUCCGAUGAGCAGCAGCCGGAGAUUUCAGUGCUUUUGAAGGACAAAAACCGGAUAACACUGCAAAGGCCAAGGAAGUGCUUUGAAAGUGCUUUUAGGACAGUCCUAGUCACAGUAUCUUGGCUGCAUGCUGUGAAAUGGAAUCCAGAGGAAACUGGAGUUUCUAUUUGGAACAAAAUAAUGAAGGCCUUUAGGCAUGAAUUUUCAUUUUGUCAUUUGUGA